CUUCUCCACUCUCUGCAACUCUUACUAUUUCACUGCUAAUCAUUAGUCAUUUCUGUCAAGCUCAAUACGUCACCGUUUAGGCAUCGCGAUGGCUUUGAAAUCCUUCAUCGAAGUCGGCCCUGACUCUCACUUCCCUAUCCAGAACCUUCCGUUCGGUAUCUUCAAGCCUGAACCCACUUCGCCUCCUAGACCCGGCGUAGCGAUCGGCGAUUACGUGUUGGACUUGUCCACCAUCUCUGUUUCCGGCCUCUUUGACGGUCCGUUUCUCUCCGGCUCCGAUUGCUUCCUCCAGCCAAAUUUGAACAAGUUCCUAGCGUUGGGAAGGCCAGCGUGGAAGGAAGCACGGGCGACGCUCCAAAACUUAUUAUCAGCUGAUGAGGCUAAGUUGCGUGAUAAUCCGAAUCUGAGGGAUAAAUCGCUUGUUCCAAUGAGCAAAGUGGAAAUGCUACUUCCAAUUGCGAUAGGGGACUAUACGGAUUUCUUUUCAUCAAUGCAUCAUGCGAGGAAUUGUGGAAUAAUGUUUCGAGGGCCAGAGAAUGCGAUUAAUCCUAACUGGUUCCAGCUUCCCAUUGCAUAUCAUGGUCGAUCUUCGUCUAUUGUUGUAUCUGGGACGGAUAUUAUUCGACCAAGAGGUCAAGGCCAUCCGAGUGGAAACUCCCCACCAUAUUUUGGACCUUCAAGGAAGCUAGACUUUGAAUUAGAAAUGGCUGCUGUAGUUGGUCCUGGAAAUGAAUUGGGUAAACCUGUGGAUGUUAAUGAAGCUGAAGAUCAUAUUUUUGGUCUUGUAUUGAUGAAUGAUUGGAGUGCUAGAGAUAUUCAAGCAUGGGAAUACGUGCCUCUUGGGCCAUUUCUUGGAAAGAGUUUCGGUACAACCAUAUCCCCUUGGAUUGUGACACUUGAUGCUUUAGAGCCAUUUGCUUGCGAUGCCCCGAAACAGGAUCCCCAGCCCUUACCAUAUCUGGCUGAAAAGAUAUCGAAAAACUAUGACAUUUCAUUAGAGGUUCAAAUCAAACCAGCUGGUCAAGAAGAUUCAUGUGUGGUCACAAGAAGCAACUUCAAUCACUUGUAUUGGACAGUGACUCAACAGCUUGCACACCACACAAUAAAUGGUUGCAACUUAAGGCCAGGGGAUCUACUUGGAACUGGGACGAUCAGUGGACCUGAGCCAGAAUCUUAUGGAUGCUUGUUAGAGCUGACAUGGAAUGGACAAAAGUCACUCUCACUAAAUGGAACAACAAGGAAAUUCCUUGAAGAUGGAGAUGAAGUCGUGUUCAGUGGAUGUUCCAAGGGAGACGGUUACAAAGUGGGGUUUGGCACAUGCUCUGGAAAAAUCCUGCCAUCACCCUGAACAUCAAAUUGUGCUCCGUGGGAUCUACGUCAGCUGAUGUCCGUGCGAUAAUCCAAUAAAACCCGUUAGAGGGUGGAGCUGUUGAUUGUUGGGGGCAGAAUAAUCUGUGUGAGUCUAGGAGGAUAGCAGUUCUGAUGGCUUGAAAUUCCCUGUGAAGAUAAAGGAGAGAAUGAUCAGUAGUGGCUAGAAGUCAAAAAGCUAUUUUGUUGGUUCCAUCUACUAUUGUAAAGACAAUGAAAUUCGAUGUUGUAAUGCUUCUUCUCAAGUAAAAAUUUACAAGUUUCCAA